AUGUCAGUCGAUAGCAUAACAGACAGGGUGCAAAAGUGUCGAGCGGCCUUGCAGAGCUGUCCCCCCGGUCAUUCCAAUCGAUCAGGGUCUCUCAAUAAUCUUGCCAUCAGCCUUCAAAACAGGUUCGAGCAGUGGGGCGUCCCGUCUGACCUUGAUGAGGCCAUAGAGCUCAACCGGGCUGCACUACUCCUUCGUCCCCCCGGUCAUCCUAAUCGAUCAGCGUCUCUCAACAAUCUUGCCAGCAGCCUUGGAAAUAGAUUUCAGCAGCGGGGCGUCCCGUCUGACCUUGAUGACGCCAUCGAGCUCCAUCGGGCUGCACUACUCCUCGUCCCCCCGGUCAUUCUGAUGGAGCAGUAUAUCUCAACAAUCUUGCCAUCAGCCUUCAAAACAGAGCUCAACCGGGCUGCACUACUCCUUUGUCCCCCCGGUCAUUCUGAUGGAGCAGUAUAUCUCAACAAUCUUGCCAUCAGCCUUCAAAACAGGUUCGAGCAGCGGGGCGUCCUGUCUGACCUUGAUGAGGCCAUAGAGCUCAACCGGGCUGCACUACUCCUUUGUCCCCCCGGUCAUUCUGAUCGAUCAGGAUUUAAGCAGCGGGGCGUCCCGUCUGACCUUGAUGACGCCAUCGAGCUCCAUCGGGCUGCACUACUCCUUUGUCCCUCCAGUCAUUCUGAUCGAUCAACGUCUCUCAACAAUCUUGCCAUCGGCCUUCAAAACAGAUUCGAGCAUCUGGGCGUCCCGUCUGACCUUGAUGAGGCCAUAGAGCUCCUUCGGGCUGCACUACUCCUUCGUCCCCCCGGUCAUUCCAAUCGAUCAGGGUCUCUCAAUAAUCUUGCCAUCAGCCUUCAAAACAGAUUCGAGCAGCGGGGCGUCCCGUCUGACCUUGAUGAGGCCAUUGAGCUCUAUCGGGCUGCACUACUCCUUCGUCCCUCUGGACAUCCUGAUCGAUCAGCGUCUCUCGGCGGUCUUGCCACUGGCCUUAUAAACAGAUUCGAGCAGCGGGCGUCCCGUCUGACCUUGAUGAGGCCAUAG